AGUAUCUUAUCAGCAUAACACGCCGACCAAUAUUGAACCUACAGUCAAUAAGUUUAUCUUAUCGAUAUCGAUCAUUUACCUGACGGGGUUUAGACCUGAAAUAAGUUAAGGAAAAUCAAAAUGAUCGGAGCAGUUGCAAGGAUUUCCAACAGGACCGUUGGGAAGAAUGUCGUAAAGACCAGUGUAAGGAGUGGAUCCAACGGCGGUAUUCCCGGGGAGAAUCUGCCAUUCGACAUCAAUAAUAAGGCUCGCCUGACCUUCCACAUGUUCUGGUUCUUCGGCAGCGGAUUUGCAGCACCCUUCCUUGUUGUGUGGCAUCAGAUGAGGAAGAAUUCUAAUUCUUAAAUUUAAAAUGGGAAUUUAACACAUCAAGCUAGUAGGAGGCAGUCCGGAGUGAAUAAAAUUAACUAUUGAUUUGUAUUUAUGUAGAUGAAAUCUCAAAUAUACAAGUAAAAAAG